AUGAAGGUCGUCUCAGAAGAAGAAGAGCGCGCGCACUACAACGCCGUGCUAAAAGGUGGUUUCAUCGGCGGCUCCCUCGGCGUCGGCGCCGGCAUCCUAGGCGUGAUGGGCGCGUCGCGGCGGUACCCAGCCUUCCGGCAGCUCACGGUGCCGUUUCGCGCCUUCAUCGUGACGUCGACGGGGACCUUCGGCGCCAUCGUCAACGCGGACCGCUUCAGCGCGCGCUUCCACAAGGCCAACAACCCGAUGAACUUCUACAAGGACGACGCGCAGCGCGCGGCCGAGCUGGUCCGCGAGCAAGAAACCCAAUGGCAGCGGUUCCGCGCCUGGGGCCAACAGAACCGGUAUUCCAUCGUUUUUGGCAGCUGGAUCGCAGCCAUGGGCAUCGCGCUCGCCAUGGUCGGGCGCAACAAGUACCUGAGUACGAGCCAGAAGCUCGUCCAGGCCCGUGUUUAUGCCCAAGGCCUGACGUUGGCGGUGCUGGUCGCGAGCGCGGCGUUCGAGACGCGCGACGCAAGACAGGGCACUGGACGGUGGGAGACUAUCAAGGUCCUGGAUCCGGACGACCCUGAGCACAAGCACCUGAUCGAGAAGCGGGUCCAUAAGGAGGAGUACGAGGGCCAGGACUUGUGGAAGGAUAUGGUGGCUGCUGAGGAGCGGAGGAUAGCCAGUCGUAACGGAAACGGAAACGGAAACGGAAACGGCGAGAAGAAGGAGGAGAGGAAGGAGAGCAAGGCCCAGGGCGAGCAGAAGAUCGAGGGUGAGAAGGAGAAGAGGUCUGCUUAG